AUGUUUACAUCCGUCACUCGUUCAGGCCUGGCUUCGCUGCUGCUAUCAGCCUCAUGUCUUCUGCCGGCCGUCCCUGCGGCAGUUCUGGAGAUGCCGAUUUGGUUCAAGAACUCCUACGCAAUUGUGGAGACUGAGAUUGGCACCCCGGGUCAGAAGCACUUCCUCCUCUUCGACACAGGCAGCGCAACAACAUGGCUUAUGGAUGAGACAUGCGCCGAUUCUACCUGUUAUAACUACAGUGGCUUCCCCCGCAGCGGCUACUCCGCCAACGCCUCGUCGACCAGCAGCUCGCUGGGGACCUACACCUCGAUCGACUACCUCGGCGGCGCGACAGCCGGCUUUGGCCUAGCGGACGUCUUCUCGCUCCCAUCCGCCCCCAAUGUCAUUUGGGAGCAGACCUUCUUGGCUGCCAACGCGUCUUCUUGGUUUUGGAUCCCUUGCGAUGGAUUUCUGGGCUUGGCUUUCACCACUAUUGCCGACGCCAACACGAGCACGUUCGUCGAGACGCUGAUGCAGCAGGGCAAAGUCGAUGAGCCGCGCUUUGGAAUUUACUUUGGGAAGGAAUUCAAUGACACUGGCUCCGUGGCGGGAGAGGGUGUGCUCACUAUUGGCGGCUCUGAAGAGGAGAAGUACGUCGAUGGGGACCUGACCUGGAUAUCGCCGCUGCAGCGGCUGGGGGCGGAGGGAGAGUACCAGCUCUGGCGCAGUGACAUGGUCUCCAUGCAUGGGCUGGAGCUUGGAUCCAACGGCAGCGUGGUCAACGAUAAAGCCAACUACUUCGCCGGAGACUGGGCCGUCUUCGACACGGGCGCGGGUGGGAUCACGGUCCCGCCUAGCCAGAUCUAUGCCAUGUACGAGUCAUUCGGGAUGAACUGGACUGCGAUUCUCAAUGGAGAUCACAUCCCGUUGUGCACUGAGUUCAACUCGUCUUGGGCAGUCUCUUUCCAGUUCGGGUCGAGUGACGCUCCCGCUACGAUCACCAUGACGGGGGAUCAGCUUGCCCGGUCGGGUUUUGCGUAUGAGGAGAGGUAUUGCUUCCCGCCGUUUGAUAUUGGCGAUGUCGAUGGGCUGUUCCUAUUUGGCGCGUCGUUCCUGCACCAGUUCUACUCCGUGUUCGAUUUCGGCGCGUUCGAGGUGGAUGCGUAUGAGCCGAGGAUCGGGCUUGGGCAACUUAAGGAAGAGUGGAGGCCUAGUGUAUAA